AAAGGGGUUUGGUCGACAGCCCGUCGACAGGCGUAACCAACUGAGUGUGAACUUCUGAGUUGAAGAGAAAAGCUGUGGCAGUGCAGAUUGUAUUACCAGUUAUUGAUUCUUUGGCUGCAAAAUGACGUUCCACGUAAUUCCUUAUUCUUUUUAUGAAUCGGGAACGACAUAUUUCUGGGUACACUUUGGACUGGUGAUCCUCGGAUUUGUUGUUGCUUUGGCUACGUGCAUUGGCCAGUGGGUCAAACCUGCGCCGUACGGUAAACAUGAAAGAGAGGAUCCUAACUGGGGUCCAAAAAUUCCCCAGAGGCUGAGCCACAUCAUCUCUGAUGCUCUCACAGGGAUCAUUAUGUUUUCAUUGGUUUUCUUUUUAUACAGCAGAGAGGUUGCCGACAAAGGUGUUCUCAAUUAUGUUUUCUAUGGACUAUUCCUGAUUCAUACACUUCACCGAGGCCUACUGCACCCAUUGACUAUGAGAUACAGAAGUGCAACAGUUCCUAUUGGAAUCACCAUCGGAGGCCUGUUACCAAAUGUCCUUUACCAGUGGUUAAUCGCCAACCAUAUUGGUGUUGCAGGCUAUGACAGUUCAUAUCCCUAUGACCCAAGGUUCCUGCUGGGCAUCCUACUCUACGUGAUUGGCUUUGUCAUCAACCGUUGGGCAGACUGGAAGCUGAGGUCGCUGCGUGAGAUUAAAGGUCAAGAGAAUCACAGUUCCAUGAUAGACGGUGGUGGUGGUGGUGGUGGUGACGGCUGUAAUGGAUAUUACAUCCCAUACGGAGGCUUAUUUGAUCUUAUUGCCUGUCCCAACUACUUUGGAGAACUGGUGCAAUGGAUUGGGUGGACACUAGCCACCUGGUCCUUGUCUGGUGUGGUGUGGACCUUAUUCUGCGCUGCUACGUUUUUUGCUCGGUCCAGGCACAACUUGCAGUGGUACAGGGAUCAGUUUCAACAUUAUCCUCCAAAUCGGAAAGCUCUUAUUCCGUUCAUAUUUUGAUUUUCUUUUUCUUUUACCAUAAAAUUAAGAAAAAGGUGCUCCAAUUCUCAGUUAUGUGUUACGUGUACUGACUUUGUUCCAUAUUUCUGUGAAUUUGGUUUUGUUUGUAGGCUUUGUAAGAGUUUUAAUGUUAAUGGUUAAAGAGUACACAUUGUCAAGAUCGGGUUGAUUGAAGAAGAAAUGUUAUAUUUUUGUUAUGUCACAUUGCUGUGAGACAUUUUGUGAUCUUCUUUCCUCUACUUUCAGCUUUAUUCCCAGACACUGUUAUAGUAGUGCUGGGUACCAUGUCGAGGGGAUUUCCUUUCUCCAGAUACUUUUAUUGUUUUGUUUUGCUCCAAUUCUAUACCUUUUGUAGUGGAAGUAUGUAUAUUUUGUGUACACUUUUUUAA